ACUCCGCUUUUAUUGUGAAGGGCCGCACCGGAAGUGUAAUGGCCGCCAGCUGAGCUGAAGUCUUCCUGGUCUGCUGCUGCUGUCAGGACCCUGAACUGAGGCUAAAACAGUAAUAAAGUGCCAGAGUUGAGUGUGAGGAUGAGUGAGGAACAUUACCUGGAGCUCUGUGAGAACCCGGUACAGUUUGAACAUGCCUCCAGCGUCAACAACGUCUUCUUCGACGAGGCUAACAAGCAGGUGUUUGCGGUGCGUUCAGGUGGAGCCACAGGUGUGGUGGUCAAAGGGCCGGAAGACAAGAGCAGCGUUGCCUUCAGAAUGGACGAUAAAGGAGAAGUGAAGUGUAUCAAGUUCUCCAUUGGAAAUAAGAUCUUGGCAGUUCAGAGAACUUCGAAAUCUGUGGAUUUCAUCAACUUCAUACCCGACUAUCCACACAUAGAGUUCACCCAGGAAUGCAAGACGAAGAACGCCAAUGUUUUGGGAUUCUGUUGGACCAACUGGAAUGAGAUCGUCUUCGUCACCGACCAGGGAAUAGAGUUCUACCAGGUGUUUCCAGACAAGCGCAGCCUGAAGCUGUUGAAGAGUCAGAGCAUUAACGUGAACUGGUACCAGCACUGUCCAGAGACGGCCGUCAUCCUGCUGUCCACCACCGUGCAGGGAAACAUCCUGCAGCCCUUCACCUUCAGGAACGGGACCAUGUCCAAGAUGUCCAAGUUUGAGAUCGAGCUGCCGGUCGUCCCCAAACCUGCCAAACUCAGUCUGUCGGAGAGAGACAUCGCCAUGGCGCCCAUUUACGGUCAGCUGUUUGUGAUGUAUCUGAAGCAUCACUCGAGAACAGUCAACAGUCCCGGUGCAGAAGUGGUGCUGUAUCACUUAUCAAGGGAGGGUGCGUGUAAGAAGACUCACGUGCUGAAGCUGAACACGACGGGGAAGUUUGCUCUGAACAUCGUGGACAACCUGGUGGUGGUUCAUCACCAGAGCUCCCAGACGUCUCUGAUCUUCGACAUCAAGCUGAAGGAUCCAGACUGUGCUGUCAACACGCACCAACCUGUCUUACCUGCCCGGUCCAUACACCCCUACAGGAUACCACUGUCAGGUCCAGCAGUAGUUCCCUCUCAGCCUCCAGUACCGUGUCAGCUCUACUCUUCCUCCUGGAGCGUCUUCCAGCCCGACAUCAUCAUCAGUGCCAGUGAAGGUUACCUGUGGUACUUGCAGGUGAAGUUGCCGCCAACUGUCAACCUUCUGCAGGACAAAGGCAAACUGAUGGACUUCCUGUUACGACGGAGAGACUGCAAGAUGGUCAUCCUGUCUGUCUGCUCACAGAUUCUGGAGGGCGGGGAGAAGGGGAGUCUUCCCGUUGUGGCGACCGUCUUCGACAAACUCAACCAGGUGUAUAAAGAAUACCUGGAGGCAGAGCAGACCUACACUGUGGCGAUGGAGUCCGGUCCAAGUCGAGGCAGCGCGGCCCAGAAGCGUCCAGUCAGAACUCAGGCGGUCAUCGACCAAUCAGACAUGUACACACACGUCCUGUCAUCGUUCACAGAGAAGAAGGGUGCCUCCCAUAAAUUCAUCAUUGCGGUGCUGAUGGAGUACAUCCGCUCUCUGAACCAGUUCCAGAUCACCGUACAGCAUUACCUGUACGAGUUGGUGAUUAAGACGUUGGUGCAACACAACCUCUUCUACAUGCUGCACCAGUUCCUGCAGUAUCACGUCCUCAGCGACUCCAAACCACUGGCCUGUUUACUUCUGUCCCUGGAGAGUACGUACCCUCCUGCACACCAGCUGUCACUGGACAUGUUGAAGCGUCUCUCCACAGCCAACGAUGAGAUCGUUGAGGUUCUGCUGUCGAAGCAGCAAGUUCUCGGCGCGCUCCGAUUCAUCCGCAGCGUCGGCGGCCAUGACAACGUGUCGGCCAGGAAGUUUCUGGACGCAGCGCAGCAGACCGGAGACCAGAUGUUGUUCUACACCGUGUUCAGGUCAUUCCAGCAGAGAAACCAACGGCUGAGAGGAAGCCCCAGCUUCAACCCCGGAGAGCACUGUGAGGAGCAUGUGGUUCACUUCAAGCAGCUGUUUGGUGAUCAGGCUCUGAUGAAACCCUCCACUGUGUGAACCACCGGGACCAAAACGCCAACUGGUCGGACUGAGUCAGUUUGGACACGCAGGAAGUUCAGGAGACGAACCAACACUGGGAACAGAUCAUUGUGGUUUAAAUGGACACUCUUAUAUCCCUUCAAUGUCGUUGUUAUUAUCCUGUUUAUGUUUGCGCAAAUAAACAUCAUAUGCUGGUUUCAGAAACCCCUGUACUGUGGCAUGUAAACACCUGAUCCAGGUUUCCCUCCUUGACUUGAGGCACGCAAGAAAAACUAAAACAUACAAUAAAUAAAAAAAAGUCUAAUAUCAUUGGACGAAUUUGACGUAACACAUAUAUAUUGGUACUAAAACUUGAAUUAUAUUUGACUUAAGAAAAUCUGAUUAUGGAGUAUCAGCCAAUAAUAACAAUUUAACAUUUUGAUAAGGAUCCCUUACUCCAACAUAUACGCUGGUACCGAUAUCUGUGAUAAGCUAAUAUUGACCAGCUGAUUUAUCUGUCCUGCUUUAAUUGGUAUCAGUGUUUAUAUCUGCAUCUAAGGGUCAGGAUAUUUUUUACUUUUCAGCAGAAUAUGAAUAUGGAAGAAAAACAUCACUGACUUAAUUUUGAAAAACUCUCAAAAUAUUGACAUUUAUUCUUCAUUAAAUAUUACAACUUCAUUCCCUGAACAUUGACUUAAUUCUUAAAACUAUUUUAAACUUUAUACACUAAUUUGUUUUUCUGACAGAUUGCUUUGGUCCUUAUAGACAUCAUAAAUCAGAAUAUGAAUAAAACCAGGAGAAAACUCAUGAAAACAUACCCACUAUAAGCAGCUCAGGUGACGUGUCACCUGUUGUGGGCGGGGCCAGAGGCUGUGGCUGUAAAAGUAUGUUGGGAUACCUGUAUGAAUAUUUUGUAUAUAUGACAUGAAAGAGGUUAACAGUAAGUCUAAUGUUUAUUUUGUAAAGACUUAAUUAUUGUGAACUAAACUGAACUGUAUUAAGUAACAAUAGAAAUGUUUAAAUGCUUUGUUGAAUAUUAUAAAUAUAUAGUAUGUGUAGAUUAUGAAUGUGGCUGUUUAAAUGGUCUUCUUUACAGCUAAUAAAAGAUUAAACUACA